UCUUUUUCUUCUUCACUUGUGCUGUCCUUACGGCAGCCUAUGCACCUCUUCAAGGACACAGAAGUCAUAAUCAUCAUCAACUUCUACUUCCUCGCCAUCUUGGGAAGAGCUCCGAAACUGCAAUGCCAUGAGGCAUGCUUCAGAUGACCAAGGUCGGACUAACUCUUAAGCUUACUAAAUGGAUCGAAUUGAACAACUUGUUGUUGAUGAUUUUGUUUUUUUGGAUAAGUGUUGAUGAUAAUUUGGGACGAAAAAGAA